AAUCCCAAACAAGGAAAUGGUGGGGGAAUAAAACGACCAGAUUAUUUAAUUAAUGCAUGUAAUAAUUAAUAUUUUAUUUUAUUGUAAAUUAAGACGUAUUUAUGGGUUAAAAUGGAUUACGACUUCAAAACAAAGCUGGCGGCCGAGAGAGAGAGAGUAGAAGAUCUGUUCGAAUAUGAAGGUUGCAAAGUGGGUCGAGGCACCUACGGGCACGUUUAUAAAGCUAAGCGCAAAGACGGGAAAGAUGAGAAGGAGUAUGCACUGAAACAAAUAGAAGGCACUGGAAUAUCGAUGUCUGCCUGCAGGGAAAUCGCUCUGUUACGAGAACUGAAACACCCGAACGUGAUCGCCCUGCAGAAAGUGUUCCUCUCCCACAGCGACAGAAAGGUGUGGCUCCUCUUCGACUAUGCCGAACAUGAUCUUUGGCACAUCAUCAAGUUCCACCGCGCCUCCAAGGCCAACAAGAAGCCCAUGCAGCUGCCCCGAGGGAUGGUUAAGUCUCUCCUGUAUCAGAUUCUGGACGGGAUCCAUUACCUCCAUGCCAACUGGGUGCUCCACAGGGAUCUGAAACCAGCGAACAUCUUGGUGAUGGGGGAGGGUCCUGAACGAGGAAGAGUUAAAAUCGCUGACAUGGGUUUCGCCAGACUCUUCAAUUCUCCGCUGAAGCCACUGGCUGACCUGGACCCCGUGGUGGUGACAUUCUGGUACAGGGCCCCCGAGCUGCUGCUGGGGGCCCGACACUACACCAAAGCUAUCGACAUUUGGGCCAUUGGCUGCAUCUUCGCGGAGCUGCUGACGUCGGAGCCCAUCUUUCACUGUCGCCAGGAAGACAUCAAGACCAGUAACCCCUUCCAUCACGACCAGCUGGACCGGAUAUUCAGCGUCAUGGGCUUCCCAGCAGAUAAAGAUUGGGAAGACAUCAGGAAGAUGCCAGAGUACCCCACACUUCAGAAAGACUUCAGGAGAACAACGUAUGCAAACAGCAGCCUAAUCAAGUACAUGGAGAAGCAUAAAGUGAAACCAGACAGUAAAGUUUUCCUGUUGCUCCAGAAACUCCUCACCAUGGACCCCACCAAAAGAAUCACAUCAGAGCAGGCGCUGCAGGACCCGUAUUUCCUGGAGGACCCACUACCAACCACUGAUGUGUUUGCUGGAUGUCAGAUCCCCUACCCAAAACGAGAGUUUCUAAAUGAAGACGAGCCAGAGGAGAAAACAGAAAAGAACCAGACCCAGCAGCACCAGCAGACGACAGGCCAAACUCAGGCCCAGAACCAGCAGCAGACGACAGCCCAGCAGGCCCCAUCCCAGCAGAGCUCGGCCCAGACCAACGGCACUGCGGGGGCGACAGGAACCACAGCCGGCGGGGGCUUACAGCACGGCCAGGACCAGGGGCCCCCUAACAAGAAACCCCGGAUCGGGCCCUCCGGGGCCUCCUCAGGCACUGGGGUGCUGCAGUCAGAGUACCAGCACUCCAGCUCCCGCCUUGGUUACCAAAGCAAUGUCCAAGGUUCCACUCAGCCCCAGAGCACCAUGGGAUACUCAUCGUCCUCCCAGCAGAGCUCCCAAUACUCCCACCAGACCCACCGCUACUGAGGCUCCCAGUCACUCCCUACCAGCAGAGGUCCUCCUCCUCAACCAACCCUGAACCUCAGCAGAAGUUGCCGUAAAGCCCUCAGCUCCAGGCAAGGCGUCACUCCCAGAUCCUGAUCGGAUGUCUUUCCGUGUGUCGGAUCAUUCCAGCCCAACCAUCCACCUUUCAUCUUUGACCUUGAACUCUAACCCCACAGCAUUCCCCAAGGGCACUGCAAUAUGAAGGCAAACUCAAACAUUAGGAACCAAAAAAAAUAAACCCACAAAAAAAUUACAAAAAAAUAAACAAACACAUCCUGCCUCCCUGGGGUAGCAAGACAUUUUUAAAACUGAAAACAAUGUAUGAUAAAAUUGAAGAAGAAAUAAUGUCAGGCGCAAAACUCGUCACACACAGAGACUGAGAACCAUGGCACUUACAAAUACACAUUCUUCAAGAGGAAGAAUUGCAGCUGUGUUCAUAUAUGUAUAUUAUAUAGCACCUUUUUCUAUUUGAUUUUUUUCUUGCUUGUUUGCUAGAGUUUUCAAGUUUACCUGGAUAGUUGAUGUCAUUGUAAAUAUUGUGAAAUAUUGAAGCGAUCGGAUGAAACACAGGAUAGCCCUUUACUGUCAUCUCUAGUGUUCGUUGUACCAUUACCUUGGAUAAUCAAAACAAAAUCAAAAAAAAAAACUUUGAGCUAACCCUGUUCUUUUAAAGAAAAAAGAGAGAACUUCUCUCCCCAUAGAUUCAACGUUUGUACACAGAAAAAAAAAAAUUGGCUCUUUAGCCGAUGCAAUUGCAGGGAAAUACUAAAUGCGCAAUUUCUCUUAAACUUCUUAUAAUAGGGUUUCUAUAUUUAGACCUAUUGUUUGUCUAGAUUUGGAUUUGGAAAGUAAGAAAAAGUAGUUGUCUUUCUACAGUCUAAGUUCUGUACAUUCGAAUUCACUCCGUUACCUUCAGAGACCUAAAACAUUUGACAGUCAAGCUAUUCAGCGAAAAUGGGUAAAGACACAUCACACUCACCUGUUCAGACAAAGAAACAAACGGUUUUGAGGAGCCUAAACAUUCUCACCUGUGGCCAGCAGCCUCCCAGCGCUAACUUCCUUCGUCGAGGCGCUGCUGGUGGACACUUUGCUUUGACACCCAUCUUAUCGUGGACCUCCAAGACUUUCAAGGUUGCUGAGCGUGCGCAUAACCAUACAGGGCAGCUAACAGUACGCCCCCAUAUGUUCUUGAGACUGUUACUGCCUGAUGUCAUUUUUUUUAUGUUUUAUUGGCCUUUUACUUUAUCAUUGUUUCCCUGUGUGUGUGAAUGCGUGUUUCUAUUUUUGUUUUUCUUCUUUUAAAUUGCAUGGUUAUCCUUUUGCUCAGUCAAAGAACUGUACUGACCGCUUAACUGAUCUGCAAAGAGCUGGAACAAAUAUGGGGCGAGUUUGUACGCAAGCACCCGUCGUCCUCUUCCACCCCGCUCCACUGCAGUCGUCUGUGCACUGAGUAGAAACCUGGGCAGAGAAGAAGCCUUCAGGAAAUGGGUGCGUUCUUUAAUCCUUGCCAAGGGUCGCAGGUUAAUAUAAACAGCAGCGGUGGGUAUGGCGUGUCACCGGUGCAAGCCUUUUGUGAGCCACCCUGGAUUUGUACACUGUCCUUCCUCCGCAGGACAAGAGCAGAACAUGUCACGCUGCAAAAAAUCUCAAUCUUAACACGUCGUUUAGUGUCAUACCGAGUCUUAAAAUCUUGUUUUUUCUUAAAACAAGUGAAAAAUCUGUUUCAAGGCUUUUUCUGGGAAAAAGUACAAGUAUAUAGAGACAAGGCAGAGUAAGGCAGAUCACCCACUAGUAUGAAGUAAAUGAUGCUUGAUUAGCAUUGAAAACAACUGGGAUAAUCUCAUCCCACUGGCAGAUAUUUUUCAACUGUUUUAAGAAAAAAACAGUAACCCAUGGCGCUAGAAAAACACCAAGUAUGAGAUGAAAUAACUUGUUAAGAUGGCAGGUUUUUGCAGUAAAUUUUAUUUUAUGAUAUAUGCACAUGCAUAUGCUUUGGUUGUUUUGAAAUGAAUCAUUGAAUUCAUUUGAUAACCAUUACAAAAUUAUUGAAGAGGACACUCCCUUGAAAGGACGUGCUUGAGCACAAAUCCAGGCCUUUUUAUUUUAUUUUAUUUUUUUUUCAUGGGAGCUCCCCCCUUACAUUGUACAUGUUGUACAUGCCGUCCUCCACCUUCACUGGUCCCAUUCGGUCACGUGACGAACCAGGUUGUAUUAAAGAACACACCCAGUGACUCGACUGUAACUGUGCUGCGUGCGCUGAAAUAAAGAUGUGGACAUGGGGAUGCAAAAAAAAAGAAAGAAAGAAAGAAAAGAAACAGAGCCACCCCUGCUUGUUUUGUAACCUGCAGAGGAAUUAGGAAAUACUGUCACCGUGUGGUUGAAAACGAGAACUGGACCUCUGUCCUUGAUGAAAUUGUGCAAUUAUUACACAAACGUAUUGUUGGAAGGAUCAAGGCGGUUUUCACCAAGACAUUUGAGACAUGGUCAUAUGGUUCUAAUGUAAAACUGUUAUUUUUGUUGUUGUUGUUGUUGUUGUUGUUUGUUUUGUUUUAUUUUUUACCAGAAAUCCAGUCAUGUUUCACGGGUGUCACACUGACGCUGGCAACACUGUUCUUUGCUUUGCUCUGAGAAUAUGGACUAUUGGCUUUGCGUUUCAUGUGUCGAUACUAAGAUGCAACCAGUCGCUGUCUCUUCCCUCAGAAUCAGUUCAGUGUUGUGAUACAUACAGUAGGUAAACGACAAACGUCUCCAGUGAUUGUACUCUGCUGCUCCAUACUGGAUCUUUUCCUGCAGCAGGUCAAACCACGCGCUGAGUCGGCAUCAGUCCCUGUCCAGGGGGUUUGUGUCACUUCUGUUUCUGCAAAUGGUCUGAAAUUUUAAGUUUCUGUUCGAUUUUUAAAGCAAAAACAAAUGAUAUUGUGUAUUUCUGUUUUGUUUGAUUUUUUUAGUACUCGGCACUCGUGGUGGGGAGGUACUUUUCAGGAUUUGUGUUCAUAUCUUGAAUUGUCCAAAUGCAGACGGGAUCGACCCCAACCCUGCGUCACAUGAAUCAAGACUCCGCCUUUGAUUCUGUGAUGUUUAUAGGAAGAGUUUUAUUCCAAAAUGAGAUAGCAGCCAUAUGGAAGGGGGUUAAAAAAAAACAAACAAACAAACAAAAAAAAGCCAAGGCAGUUUCUCUCGCAAAAUGAUUGAUUGCACAGAGUGGAAAACAAUUUAUGGUACUUUUUAUAGUAAAUGUGUUCAAGUGCUUAGCGAGCAAAAUGCUAACAAUUUUACAAACUGGAUAUAGUUUUAUUGUCUGCCUAUUUAAUGGUGAACUUCAGGUCAUGACAUUUUCUCCCACCAUGGAUAUGUAUAGCAUUUUGGAAAUGAACUCUUCAUAUCUUGCUUCAGUUCUUUGGUUUAAUCUUUUCUACUCUUCUCUGGCAGUCUGGCAGGCAGAUGCAGGCGGACGAAACAGCCUUCUCACAACAGUCACAUCUGAUGGGGAUCAAAAACCAGCAGCUAUUCAUCAGAGGUUUUCUCCUCCCUUUAUUAUGUGUACUUACUCUGUGUUUGAAGUCUAAUCGAGUAGCAAUGAGGAUGCGGAAGACACUUGUUGUUGUAAAUUUCUUUCCACACAAGCGAGGUGUCAAAAGUAUUAUUCAGCGCGAGGCUCCCGACAGGAACCAGUGGGGCAAAAUUACUGUCAAACUACUCCUAUGCAAAAUCCCAGACAAAAGCUUUCACCUGUGCAGUGCUUAGGUUUUCCUACAAGAGCAUGCAGUUCUUAGGUUUCUCAUGGUUUUGAUUGAGACGUGUAUCCAUUCCUCCUGUAAUACCGAAUACAGUAGUUGAAGAUGGCGCUCACUUAAGUCCUUUUUUCACCUCUCACAGCAUUUUAAAAUGUACUCUAAAUGAAAUAUUGUAAAGAAAUGCAUAUAUAUGGAUAGUAUACAAUCAUAUUUAUUAUUUCCAUACAUAUAUGAAUAAUACCCUUUUUUUUUUUUUUUUAACUUUCCUCUGCCUUAACAGUAGUAGCUAUAGAAAGGGACCUCUGUCAAACAAACCAGGCAUCGCUCGACCCCGUCUCUUACUAUUUUAGAUUUUAGCUCACAUGAAAUCAUACGUGCUUACAGAAUGUGUUGCCACGUCAUGUUAUCUUGUCGCCGAUGUACAGUGAAAUGAAGGUGACACAUUCGGCUCUGACACCCCCCUCCCUUUGCUCGCAUUACCCUUGCUGCAACCCCACCCUCCCACCCCCUUCUCCACUGUUUCCUGGUUUGUUUCAUUUCAUCUGAAUUUCUCUCACGAUUCUUUCACAGCUACAAACAUUUUUACAGGAAUGAAAUGAUCCACAUUGCAGAUUGUGUGGAUGGUGCCUUUGUUUUUAGUCUUAGCAUUCAUCUUCUAAAGAUGUCAUGGAAAUCAGGAUUUUUUUUUCAUGCCUCCUAUCAUAGCUCUUUUGCUCUUUUUCCUGUGUUUGUUGCUCUUUUUUUUUUUUCUUCUUCCAUUACUAUGUAGCGUAUUGUUAUUUACAGUGUGGAAGCUAGCAGCUAAAUAUCUUCUUUUUUUGUUCUUUUUUUUGUUAAGUGAGUCACCUCUAAAGACUGCAAACAAUUUUGAUGGGCGAUUAGCUAUCAUUUUCUUCUCUAAUAGAUGCUAUUGUCCUCACAAUAUUGAAGCGCAGUUAAGUAUGUUUUGAAAUGCUGUACAUAAGAACACAUUUUAAGGAUUUCUCAUUGAAAUAUUGAUACAGUAAUUGUCUUUUAAUGCACUGUUGUUGCUCAAAUAUUUAGUGGUAAAUAAAAAAAAGUAAUGUUUUUUAAUGUCUUGUUUAGACACUAAAGUUAUGGCAGUUUGAUUAAAGAUAUAAGCCAGAUGAUGCUCCUUUGUGUGUGUAGAUAUUGAAGACACACAUUAGUACAUGCAUAUUAAACCUAGUGCACCUCUAGGCCGCUCUCUUCUCACAUUUCCUCCUUUUAUUAGUGUUGCAUGUGCCUGUCUUUUCCAAUGAAGAACGUAAGCACUUAUCAUCACCCUCCAAACAGUUUGUACAGAAAGACAAACACUCCAUCUGCAAAUGUGAGUCUCUGCGAUGCCUGCCAUGCCGUUGAAAUACAAAAUACUUCUGUGGCUUGUGUCAGAAUGCAGUUACGCCAAAGCUCUCCCCAUCUGAACAUCUUGAAUAAGAGGCACCCUAUUUUAAAGAUUUUUUUUUAAUUAGGUGGAUACAUGGAUAUAUCAGCCAGGUCUUUUCGAAAGGAUAAACGUGGCAGCUGUUUGAAGUAUUUAAACAAAGGAGACUUUGUUAAUCUACUGAAAUCCACAAUUGAUCUGUGUGCUCUAACUGCCCGAGCCUCUCAGCAUGCUGCAUCACCAGGGAGCUUUGCAGGUUGGGGUGUCUGUCAGCUUUUCUGCAUCUUCUCUGUAUUACGUGUGUAUGUGCGUGCACACGAGUGUGAAAUAUACAUACGGCCUAACUGUCUGUAUUGUCUCUCCAUAGCAUUUAUAGAUAAGGCAGCAAUAGCUCAGUGCAGGAAAAUAAAAGAAGAAACAUUUAUUUAGCUGCUUUUAGCAAACUUGUCCAAAUUUCACUGUACAAAUGACUGUUAAAUGAGAAAAAGUCAUGUAUAUUUAUUUUAUAUCCUCUAUUGUAAUAAAAAUCUCUUUUGUCUCAA